CAAAAGGAAGCGUUCGCCGAGAUCGCAGCGGCUGCGCCGGGGUAUGCGGAACGGGCUCGCGUGGCUGCUGCACCCCGCGCUCACCAGCACCUUGCGCUCCAUCCUCGGCGCCCGCCCGCCGCCCGCCGCGAAGCGACAGUGUGGUUUCCAAAAAAAGACUUACAGCAAAAUGAAUAACCCAGCCAUCCAGAGAAUAGAAGACCAGAUUGUCAAGUCUCCUGAAGACAAACGAGAAUAUCGUGGACUGGAGCUGGCCAAUGGCAUCAAAGUGCUCCUCAUCAGUGAUCCCACCACGGACAAGUCAUCAGCGGCACUCGAUGUGCACAUAGGUUCGUUGUCAGACCCUCCAAAUAUUGCUGGCUUAAGUCAUUUUUGUGAACACAUGCUGUUUUUGGGAACAAAGAAAUAUCCUAAAGAAAAUGAAUACAGCCAGUUUCUCAGUGAACAUGCUGGGAGUUCUAAUGCCUUUACUAGUGGAGAGCAUACCAAUUACUAUUUCGAUGUUUCGCAUGAACACUUAGAAGGAGCCCUGGACAGGUUUGCCCAGUUUUUCCUGUGUCCCUUGUUUGAUGCAAGUUGUAAAGACAGAGAGGUGAAUGCAGUUGACUCCGAACACGAGAAGAAUGUGAUGAAUGAUGCCUGGAGACUCUUCCAGUUGGAAAAAGCUACUGGGAAUCCCAAGCAUCCCUUCAGCAAAUUUGGGACAGGAAACAAAUACACUCUAGAGACUCGACCCAACCAAGAAGGCAUCGAUGUAAGGCAAGAACUCCUGAAAUUUCAUUCCACAUAUUAUUCGUCCAAUCUGAUGGCUAUUUGUGUUUUAGGUCGAGAAUCUUUAGAUGACCUGACUAAUCUGGUGGUGAAGUUAUUUUCUGAAGUAGAGAAUAAAAAUGUCCCUUUGCCUGAAUUUCCCGAGCAUCCUUUCCAAGAAGAACAUCUUAAACAACUUUAUAAAAUAGUACCCAUUAAGGAUAUUAGGAAUCUUUAUGUGACGUUCCCCAUACCAGACCUUCAGCAGUACUACAAAUCUAAUCCUGGUCAUUAUCUUGGUCAUCUAAUUGGGCAUGAAGGUCCUGGGAGCCUGUUGUCAGAACUCAAGUCAAAGGGCUGGGUUAAUACCCUGGUUGGUGGACAGAAGGAAGGAGCCCGGGGUUUUAUGUUUUUCAUCAUUAAUGUGGACUUAACUGAAGAAGGGUUAUUACAUGUUGAAGAUAUAAUUUUGCACAUGUUUCAAUACAUUCAGAAGCUACGUGCAGAAGGACCUCAAGAAUGGGUUUUCCAAGAGUGCAAGGACUUGAAUGCUGUUGCUUUUAGGUUUAAAGAUAAAGAGAGACCACGAGGCUAUACAUCCAAGAUUGCAGGAAAACUGCAUUAUUAUCCCCUAAAUGGAGUGCUUACAGCUGAGUAUUUGCUGGAAGAAUUUAGACCUGACUUGAUAGACAUGGUUCUUGAUAAGCUCAGACCAGAAAAUGUCCGGGUGGCAAUAGUUUCCAAAUCAUUUGAAGGGAAAACUGACCGCACAGAGCAAUGGUAUGGAACCCAGUACAAGCAAGAAGCUAUACCAGAGGAAGUCAUUCAGAAAUGGCAAAAUGCUGAACUGAAUGGGAAAUUUAAACUUCCAACAAAGAAUGAAUUUAUUCCUACAAAUUUUGAGAUUUUGUCAUUAGAAAAAGAUGCAACAUCCUACCCUGCUCUCAUUAAGGAUACAGCCAUGAGUAAGCUGUGGUUCAAGCAAGAUGAUAAAUUUUUCUUGCCGAAAGCUUGUCUCAACUUUGAGUUUUUCAGCCCAUUUGCUUAUGUGGACCCCUUGCACUGUAACAUGGCCUAUUUGUACCUUGAGCUUCUCAAAGACUCACUCAACGAGUAUGCAUAUGCAGCAGAGCUAGCGGGCCUGAGCUAUGACCUCCAAAAUACCAUCUAUGGGAUGUAUCUCUCAGUGAAAGGUUACAAUGACAAACAGCCAAUUUUGCUAAAGAAGAUUACUGAAAAAAUGGCUACUUUUGAGAUUGAUAAAAAAAGAUUUGAAAUUAUUAAAGAGGCGUAUAUGCGAUCUCUUAAUAAUUUCCGGGCUGAGCAGCCUCACCAGCAUGCCAUGUACUACCUCCGCCUGCUGAUGACUGAAGUGGCCUGGACUAAAGAUGAGUUGAAAGAAGCCCUAGAAGAUGUUACCCUCCCCCGACUUAAGGCCUUCAUACCUCAACUACUGUCACGGCUGCACAUUGAAGCCCUUCUCCAUGGAAACAUAACAAAGCAGGCUGCAUUAGGAAUUAUGCAGAUGGUAGAGGACACCCUUAUUGAGCAUGCUCACACCAAGCCUCUCCUUCCGAGUCAGCUAGUUCGCUACAGAGAAGUCCAGCUUCCUGACAGAGGAUGGUUUGUUUAUCAGCAGAGGAAUGAAGUUCACAAUAACUGUGGCAUCGAGAUCUACUACCAGACAGACAUGCAGAGUACCUCAGAGAACAUGUUCCUGGAGCUUUUCUGUCAGAUUAUCUCUGAGCCUUGCUUCAACACCCUGCGCACCAAGGAGCAGCUGGGCUAUAUUGUCUUCAGUGGACCUCGCCGAGCCAAUGGCAUCCAGGGCUUGCGAUUCAUCAUCCAGUCAGAGAAGCCACCUCACUACCUGGAGAGCAGGGUGGAAGCCUUCUUACUUACCAUGGAGAAGGCCAUAGAGGACAUGACAGAGGAGGCCUUCCAGAAGCACAUCCAAGCACUAGCCAUCCGUCGACUCGACAAACCAAAGAAACUCUCCGCAGAGUGUGCUAAAUACUGGGGGGAAAUCAUCUCUCAGCAGUACAAUUAUGACAGAGAUAACAUAGAGGUUGCAUAUUUAAAGACACUUACCAAGGACGACAUCAUCAAAUUCUACAAGGAAAUGUUGGCCGUGGACGCACCAAGGAGACAUAAAGUAUCCGUCCAUGUUCUUGCCAGGGAGAUGGAUUCUUGUCCCGUUGUUGGAGAGUUCCCAUCUCAGAAUGAUAUAAACUUGUCAGAAGCACCAGCCUUGCCACAACCUGAAGUGGUUCAUAACAUGACAGAGUUCAAGCGUGGCCUGCCCCUGUUUCCCCUCGUGAAGCCACAUAUUAACUUCAUGGCUGCAAAGCUCUGAAGAGAGUGGAUACGUUCCUGUGUCUUCCGGGGCCGGGGGAGCAAUCUUAGCCACUUGAGUAGUUUCUGGCUUGCUAUUAGAGAGACAAACAGAAAAGAGUUAUCAGACGUUAUUAUGUAGAAAUGUUAAAAACCCAAAGUAAUAAAAUUAUAAAAUCUUA